GGAGCCAGUUGGAAAAUACUUUCUCCAACUGUGUACCACAACACCAUGUCAGUUGUGCGGCAGUGAAGAAAUCCAGAAAACAAUCGAGAACCAUUUAAAAAUUAAAACGGGAGAAACUACAAAAGAUAAAUUGUUUACUUUGGUCGAAGUCGAGUGUGCUGGAGCGUGCGUCAAUGCCCCAGUUUUGGCGGUUAAUGAUGAUUAUUAUGUGAGUAAGGAGGAGGAUCUGACACCCGAAACAACUAUAAAAAUUCUCGACGAUCUAAAGGCCUCCAAGCAUCCUAAACCCGGGCCGCA